UUAAGACUCCAGGCUUAGGCUUGGAGACCCCAGCCACCAUCAUUGAGCCCAGCAGCUGGAGCGGCAGUGAAAGCCCUGCCGAAGACAUUGAAAGAAUGAGUGAUUCUGCAGAUAAACCUAUUGACAAUGAUGCAGAAGGUGUCUGGAGCCCUGACAUUGAACAGAGCUUUCAGGAGGCUCUAGCUAUCUAUCCACCUUGUGGGAGGAGGAAAAUCAUCUUAUCAGAUGAAGGCAAAAUGUAUGGUAGGAAUGAAUUGAUAGCCAGAUACAUCAAACUUAGAACAGGGAAGACACGGACCAGGAAACAGGUGUCUAGUCACAUACAGGUCUUAGCAAGAAAGAAAGUUCGAGAAAUUCAAGCCGCCAUUAAGGUGUCUAGUCACAUUCAGGUUCUUGCCAGAAGGAAAUCUCGUGAUUUUCAUUCCAAGCUGAAGGAUCAGACUGCAAAGGACAAGGCACUUCAGCACAUGGCAGCAAUGUCAUCCGCUCAGAUCGUAUCAGCUACUGCUAUACACAACAAGUUGGGCCUGCCAGGAAUUCCCCGUCCUACAUUUCCUGGUGCACCUGGGUUUUGGCCAGGAAUGAUACAAACAGGGCAGCCGGGAUCCUCACAAGAUGUAAAGCCAUUCGUUCAGCAGGCCUAUCCUAUUCAGCCAACAGUCACAACUCCCAUUUCAGGGUUUGAGCCUGCAUCAGCUCCAGCACCCUCAGUUCCCGCUUGGCAGGGUCGAUCCAUUGGUACAACCAAACUCAGACUGGUGGAAUUCUCAGCUUUUCUUGAACAACAGAGAGACCCAGAAUCAUACAACAAACACCUCUUUGUACACAUUGGACAUGCUAACCAUUCUUACAGUGACCCGUUGCUUGAAUCGGUGGACAUUCGUCAGAUUUAUGACAAAUUUCCUGAAAAGAAAGGUGGUUUAAAGGAACUAUUUGGGAAGGGCCCCCAGAAUGCCUUCUUCCUAGUAAAAUUCUGGGCUGACUUAAACUGCAACAUUCAAGAUGAUACAGGAGCAUUUUAUGGAGUAACUAGUCAAUAUGAGAGCUCAGAAAAUAUGACAAUCACCUGUUCCACCAAAGUCUGCUCAUUUGGAAAGCAAGUAGUAGAAAAAGUAGAGACGGAAUAUGCAAGGUUUGAGAAUGGCCGGUUUGUGUACAGAAUAAACCGCUCUCCAAUGUGUGAAUAUAUGAUCAACUUCAUACACAAGCUCAAGCAUUUACCAGAGAAAUAUAUGAUGAACAGUGUAUUGGAAAAUUUUACAAUUUUGUUGGUUGUAACAAACAGGGAUACACAAGAAACCCUACUCUGUAUGGCUUGUGUAUUUGAAGUUUCGAACAGUGAACAUGGAGCACAACAUCACAUCUACAGGCUUGUAAAGGACUGAGCAGUUAUUUAUAUAUACACUUCAUUAUACUUUAUCAAAAACACAGACUGUAAACCUCAACACUAAGUGGCAGUGCCUCUGGUCCAGCUUUCACCCACAUUUUUCUAAAUCCUGUUUUAGUGAAGUCAUUUUUAAUGUGUUCAUAUAUAAUUGUAGCUGUGAAAUUCUGGUACAGUUGUAAAAAAUUCUGUCUAAAACUAAGUGUUCUUCAAAUUUGUAAACGACAGUUCUUUGGGAAGACUGUAUUUAAGAACCUAAUGCCUUUGUCUGUGGAGGCUUAUUUUUAAUUGUGAUAGAAAAAUGUAAGACAGAGCAUUUGCCAUGGGGAAAACUUACAGCAUUUAUAAGAAUUUAUUUAGGGUUUUGUUUUGUUUUUUUCCAAAAUAAAAUACUUAUUUUACGAUGCACGUGAAAUUGAAAAGAAUCUUUAACUAUAACUGUAAAUUAGUACACAAAGUUAAUAAUCUUUAUAGAAUUAUCUUUGUAACUAAUUAGAGUGGAAGAUAUGGACGAAUGUAAUUCACUAAAUUAUUUUUUAAAAUGAAACAUUUUUUCUGUUUGAAACCAAAUGAUAAAUAUAGCCUUAAGAAAUGCCUGAUAGAAACAAGCAGGUCCUAAAAUUAGGCAAAUUUUGUAUUUUUUUUCUCAAUGUUAAAACUAAUCUUCUGAUUCAUUAAACUUUCCAACAGGUAUUGCAGAGAAAGAGAACAUCAACCCUUAUACUUAACGUAUCUAGUGUAUUUUUAAAAAUAUAAAGUUGUGUUGUACUAAUAUGGAAAUUUGAUUAUUUAAUGAAAAAAUGAUGGCUCAUUUUGCAAUAAGUAGGUAAAUACUGAAAAUUUAGACUUACAUUGUAUGUAGUCUUGUGUGUGCAGUUAUAUUUUAUACAGGCGACUAUAUUUUCUGUUGAGUGAAAAAUUUGCAAUACCGAAAUUAACAAACAUAGGGGGAAACAAUUGACAUUAUUACUGCAUUGCGAAUAAUCUGUAAACUGCAAACUAGAAAAAGUAAUGUGGUUGAGAGAAGAAUACAUAGGCCAGUAAAAGCCUCAUCAGCUUUAAUGUCGUAGGGAUGCUAGAAAAUCACAACUAUCAUCAGGUAAAAGAGAUUCGAAGGGUUAUGUUCGUUCUUUUGUCAUUCUUCAUGAUGUUCUGGCACAUAUAUUAUCCCAGUUCUGUUUCCAGUCUCAAACAAGACAUGGUGCAUUUAGUACUAGUAGGCAGGGCAUGUAGGACACCCGUCAAUACCACUUAGGGUCUGAUUGCCUUUCACAUCCAGCAUAUACAGAUGUGCAGUGUUCAUCCCUCUGAUUAAUAAACUGAAAAGUAGGUAGUUCAGAGAAGAUUCUAUCACAGAGUGAAUUGAAGAGAUUUUAAUACUAAUAAGAAUUAAAAGUGUGGUGGGUGUGAAUAGUUUUCUGGGAUACACAUGUGUCCCAUGUUCUCUGAUUCUUAUUGGCACAGGCUGUCCUUAGUACUACUCAGCUUCUGCCCCUCUGCCAUCCAUUCAAUCACUGCCUUUUCACUGCCCCAUGCAACAUUAAUAUUAAAAGUUUUGGGAGGAGAAAUGGGUUAUAAUGGGAAAUAACUAGGCUAAAACAUUGCAAUCCAUUUGGCAAACCACAAAUCCUAACAGGACAUAUCAAACAGAGGUUACAAGGUAAAAUGCAUGGCUGCUGCAGACAUCCAAAAACCACAUUUAUCAGGGGCUCGGUAAGUCUUGGGGAGCCAUAAGUAGGGCACAGAAAUGUGUUCAACAGUUCUCUUCUCAGCUGCAGUUUUCAGGCAUGUGCCUAUGUGUAAUUAGAAUCUUGAAUUUGCCCCCAGGUAUAAUAUAUUGGUUACAGUUUUAAUUUUUAUGACACUGUCAUUCUAAAAAGUGCCCUCAGUUAUAGGCGCAUAAAUAUAGAUGAAUAUUCUUAGUCAGUAUACUGGCUAGAAGAGCAAUCAGUAUUUGUAAUGUGCAGCAAGUUAUGGGUUGUUGAAUGUUUGCCUUUCAUUGUGUUAAUCUUAAUACUGUUAGGAUUUACAUUAGAGGAAGGGGCCAGCAUCUGGGGGGAGGGGUUUGAAAUUCCUUAGGCUAUAAAACAUCUGAUCUGUCUAACUAUAAAAGGUGGGUGAUUGCUGUGAUGUCUAGCUGUCAUAUUAUCCACUUGAGGAUAUUAGAGCUGAUGAAUCUUUUAGUUGUUUAUAUUCUGUGAAGCAUAAAAUUUGAUGUCCAUGUCAUAAGAUCUCUUAAUACAUUUAAAACACUAACAAUCACAUCAAGAAAAGCACUGUAUUGUAACAGCCUAACGGUAGCUCUUUAUUCUAAGCACUUGGUGUUACAAGUCAAAAACUAUUUCUUUUGUUUUGUUCUAAAGUUUGUCUCUUAUUUAGGUUUUUGAAUUGUGGUUUUGAUGGAUUUUUUUUCUAACAAAGUCUUUGAGGAGUAUAAAAUAUAGAAUUCAAUUUGCAAAACCAGGUACGGAUUUUUUAUACAAUCUGGCACAUUACAUAUGUCAUAACUAUAGGGUAUAAAAAGUCACAGUGUUUAUUGGUGUUCACAUUUGUAACGUUAGGAGAAAGAUUUGCAUUGUCUUUAUUUUACACUUAUGUAAAUGAUCUAAACCCUGCACGUGUUCAUUCUUAAAAGCCUUAAGUCCUUCAAAUAUAUAUCGUGGAGUGUGUAGUCCAAAAGGCUGCCUGUAAACUGUGAGCUCUUUUGUAAGCUGGAAGAAUUUAUCUUGUUACUGUUACUUUUUCUAGGAACUUUUUAAUUCAGAGCUGCCAAAGCAUUACAAUAUGCAGUGCCUUAGUGUUGUAUUAGAAAUACCUUUAGCCUCUUACAUCAAUUUUAUAUGUUGUUUUAUUAAUUGGUUCCGUUUUUAAAAAAAAAUAUUUUCCCCCUCCACAAAGAAGCUCUUUGACUACUUGGUCUAAACUUGGUCAGUCCCAUUAUUACACAAUGAAAUGUCUAUACCAAAAUGAAAGGUUACAACUUCAUAGUUUUCUGUGAAAAAUGAAUUGUACUAAUAAUGCUGCCUUUUUAAAUUUCAUGACCAAAUACUUAACUAUUUGUGACUCUUCUGCACUCUAGCAUGAAAGUGCCUUUGGUUUGAAAUUCCAGCUUAGAAAAGUGCUGCCAUAAUAACGACUAUUUGUAGAGAGACCAAAAAUAUUAAAUGAUCACCAUAAUGCCUUUGGUUUAUUGGAAUACGUCAAAACUACAGGCCUCCAUUUACGAAAGAGCAUCAUUUAUGCUAAUGUCAUUUUGCAAAUCACCAGAUUGCAUAAUGCUGGAAAAUAAUCUAUAUGCCAUUUAACUGUUUGACAUAGGUUUGCAACAUUGUAACCCAGCGACUGAUUUGUUUAUAAUAUAAAAAUGAUCCGUGAUUCACCUUUUUCAUCUUUUCAUCCAGUCUUGCAUCUGAGUAAUGUGACGUCCAUAUAAACGACCGAAUUUCAGACAGUGGAUAAAUGUGACUUUAUUAUUCUAUUCUGAUAAAUAUUUCAGUGUCUGUGAAGGUUUCUUCUGUAUCCUAAUUUUGCACUUAUUUUGUUUACAAAGUCAAGUGUUCUGAAAGUCAGAUGCAUAAAAUUUGAGAUGAAAGUACAGAAGAAAAAUUAAUUGAAGUAAAUGUAAUUUGACGUGCUUAUUAGCAUCAAAAUGUUAAACAUGAGCACUGUUAGAUGAAGGUGCUGUAUGGAAAACUGUGUGCAGCACCAUUCCAAACUCUGUUUUUUUUCCAAGCUCUGUCUCAGUGCAGGAAAGGCAGCUCCUUUAAAUAAUGUGUCUGCUUUUGACACAUUCUGUGAAUUGGGGCCAUAGUGUACACUAGAAGUGAAAUUGACAGGAAGAGGAGCAAGA